AUGUUCAAGGACCGCCUUACUCCUGUGUUUUAUUACUUCAAAAAAUCAACGCCGUCCGAGCAACAAGAUUUAGAUUUAACUAGUGAACCAUUAAGUACAAUAAAUCAACGUUUAACUCCAUCGUCUAUAUCAACUCCUAAUCGUUCAGCAUCAUUAACAUUAAAAUCAGCAUCAAAAAAACCUGAUUUACCUAUAAAAGAAACAUCUUCACCUGUUCAAUUAAAGCCAUGUCAACAACCUAUUAUAGCUGAUAGUCGUUCUCGACAUACUACUGGUCCAUUAAUAUCAACAACAAAUAAAAUAUAUGUAAAACCUCAAUUAAAUCCUCGUUAUCAACAUCUCAGUCAAACAAAUCUAAACACACCAAAACCAUCACCACCACCGCCACCAACAGAACGUGGUCGAACAUUUGUUCAUCAUGCCGAUUCACGUCCAUUUGUACUUGGUGCAGCUAUACAAAUGAAACCAAUUGAUGAUUUAUUAUUAUCAAAUGAAAAACGUCGUCCAUGUCAUCGACAAAAUGCUCUUCGAUAUAAAUCAAAUGAACAUGAACGACAAUCACGUACAUCAACACCAGUUAUAAUAAGUCAUAUUCCAACAAUAACAACAACACCAACAUUAACAAAUGUUUCACGUUAUCAAUCAAUUGAAAGACGUUUACCACCAUCACCACAACCGAUGAAAUCAUUUUCAUUUGAUAUUAAUAAUGAAUUUCGUCCAUCUGAUAUUUCAUGGUCAGUACGUGAAAAAGCGAGAUUAUUUGAACACACAAAUCAACAUAAACUAUCGACUGGUCGAGAAAAUUAUGUAUAA